AUUUGUUAUUUGAGCCAGAAUUGAAAGCAUCGAUGUUAUUUCAAGUUCGUCUUCGCAAUUCUGCUAAUACUUUCCUUUUCCGUUAAGCAUCAAGCACUGGCUUUUCUUGCCUUUGAUGAUGCUGGAAGAAGAAAGGUCACGUGGCGCACUGGUUCAACACAGCGCUUCACGACAGCCUCCUCCCCCUGCUCUCGACAACAACCGUUUCGAUCCUUCACUCUACUAUCACCUUUCACGCUGCCAAGGUGCUUCCGUUCCUCUCGUCCCUUUUCAGCCCCCUCUUUGCGCAGCGGCUUCUACAUGCACCAAUUGUUCCCAGCCCCGACUCAGUUUGCUCAGAUUGAUGAUGCUUUGCAGUCUUUGCUCAUCAAUCGUUUUUGAAGCAGGAGCUCAUGUUUAUGAACCUGGUUCUACCAAUUUCCCGAAACACCACAGUUCGUUCACAGACCUGGAAACUUCAGCCAACAGUGGGUGCCAGCUUUGCCAGAUCUUGUUUCGCAAUGGUGCCACUCCAAUGGAGUCUGGCGGACGCACUCAUCAAGGGGAUGACUUACAUCAGAUCUAUUAUCGAACACAUACCAGUACUUUCCUCACCAAGUACCCGCUAGGUCGAGGAGUUACAGAGAUUCAGUUCUUCCUGAAGGGUGAGACGGUUGGGCCUUUCGAAAGAGGAGGCUGGGUUGCCCGUUAGCCUAGGUCUAUUUGCCCACUAUGGUAAUUACUUCCUAGUUACCAUGUUCUGCAACCCAUAACGACCUGUCAGGUUUUAUUACCGCCACGUCGGGUGCCGUCCGUGGUCGUCCCAUCGCGGACUAACCAGAUUCUGAAUCUUGCUCUGAACGGAUUCACGCAUGGACACGAGAAUGGAUUAACAACCAUCUCGAUUGCUGCCCAAAUUCCC